AAUUCAUCGGAUUAGUAACUACCUUCAUACCGUACCUAUCUUAUCAACAAGCAGAUAAGUCGAACUUGAAGUCAGGUGACAAUACACCAAGCUUGUGUACGUAUAAUCGAGUCGUUGCGUUUGCGUUGCGAAUCAGUUCUCUCAAACUGUAAGUUAUUAUAUUUUGCACGAUUGAAAGACAUUUACUAUUAGCAAAAAUGUCUAAAGACCGGGAAUUGCAGAUGGGGAUGCGAUGUGUGAAGUACAUGAUUUUUGUGGCGAAUUUUAUGUUCAUGUUAGUUGGAUUGUUGCUGAUAUCAAUUGGAUAUACCAUUAAGGCUAUCUACACCGAUUUCGAUGCUUUCCUUAGCAGCCAUAGCUACAAAGCAUCCGACUUAGCUAUAGCUGUUGGGUUCAUCAUUCUAGUGGUUGCUUUGUUUGGUUGUGCAGGAGCAAUUAAAGAAAGUGUUCUACUGGUUAAUCUAUACGCUUUACUACUUCUUGUAAUAGUUAUCCUGGAAUUGACCGUAAGUAUCAUUGCUUACAAAUCCAGGAGUCACUUGGAAGAAACACUUUCUCAGGAUAUGUGGAUUAGUAUGGAGUAUUACAUAGCCGAUACUGGAUAUAUUUGGGAUGCAACACAAUACUCGUUGCACUGCUGUGGAGUACAUGGUCCAAACGACUGGGACAGAUUUAACAGUUCAGACUACAAUCUCACAGUCAUUUAUAGUUUACAAGACGACUCAACAAGUUCAGACUUGCCACAAAUAAAUUACCCAGGAGUUUACCAAGUACCAGAGAGCUGCUGCAGAAAUACCAAAUGCCAAAGUAUCGCUUCUCUUUACAUGAGAGGUUGCUUACCGAAAAUCCACUAUAUAAUCUCGCAAAGUGCUCUUCUGCUUGGAGUUGGGGCUAUGUGCAUAACAUUCAUUCAGCUUCUCGGUGCUACAUUUGCCCAUCUUCUGGCCAGAUCUAUUAGAAAACUUAAAACACAGAUUGAAGUGGAAAGAUCAAUAAGAAGACAACAACUGUACGAGUCGCUUGCGAAAUCUAACACACAAGAGAAAGUUAGUCCAGUCCUAUACGUGGCAGAGUCUUCUGAAGCUUAAGAAUUCGUCGUGUGUUAUAUAUAAAAAUAAUGAUUUAAAUAUAGAUUUAAAUAUAGAUUAAACCAUUGUCCAUUUCAUUACACUCAUGUAUAUUGUGUUAGUGUUUACAGAUAAGUUAUAAUAUAUACCUUUUCUGUUUUUGUGUAUUCUUUACUAGGUCUAUGUAUGUAGAUUCUUUAAAUGUUAAAUAUAGAAUAAUUUUAACUAAAA